UAAAAAUACACGGUAUGAAACUAUGAGCAGGUUGUGUUCAGCGAUGGUCAAAGGUAGAAGAGCUGGCCUGGAAAUGGCAGAAAAUGCGAAACCGAAGAGAAACAGGACAAAGACAGCUGUUAAACACGGACCUCACAAAUGCUCCUCAUCAUCCACGUACCACUCCUUCCUGGAUGCUGCUGAUGUCGUCCUGCUGCGCUCUCAGCUCCUGGGCUGGUACGACAAGGAGAAGAGGGAGCUGCCCUGGCGGACAACGGCAAUGACAGAAACAGAUGUCAACAUCAGGACGUAUGCAGUGUGGGUUUCAGAAAUCAUGCUGCAGCAAACUCAAGUCACUACAGUGAAGGACUAUUACAACAAAUGGAUGAAGCGGUGGCCUACAGUUCAUGAUCUUGCAGCCGCUACACUAGAGGAGGUGAACCAGAUGUGGGCAGGACUUGGAUAUUAUUCCAGAGGAAAAAGACUGCAUGAAGGAGCUCAGAAGGUGGUGUCAGAGCUGAAAGGACAGAUGCCUCAGACAGCCGACAGCCUGUUGAAACAGCUGCCCGGAGUUGGACGCUACACGGCUGCUGCUAUAGGCUCUAUAGCACUGGGACAGGUUACAGGAGCCGUGGAUGGCAAUGUAAUUCGGGUGCUGUGUCGCCUCAGGGCCAUCGGAGCCGACAGCACAAGUCCUGCAGUGACAGAAGCACUUUGGGAUCUGGCGAAUACACUGGUGGACCCUGAGAGACCAGGAGACUUUAACCAGGCCAUGAUGGAACUUGGGGCCCGGAUCUGCACCCCUAAAGCCCCGCUCUGCAGCCAAUGUCCUGUCCAGACUCACUGCCGGUCCUAUCGAAAGGUUAAUGCCAAACAAGAACAAAAUUCCAAGAAACUUUUGGGAAAAAUGGGGAAGAAACCAUUAAUUGUACCUGAUAUAGAAGACUGUGGGAACACAGAGACAUGUUCGCUGUGUCCGUCAGAGCCAUGGGACGAUGAGCUUGGAGUUCUGAACUUCCCCAGAAAGCCUGCGAAGAAGCCGCCUCGACAGGAGCGAACUCUGAGCUGUGUGGUGAUCAGACGCCAAGAGGAGGGAGAAGACGAGUACCUGCUCACACAGAGACCAGACAAAGGUCUGCUGGCCGGCCUCUGGGAGUUUCCCAGUCUUCUUCUUGAUGGUGAAAACUCUGAGACAAAGCAGAAGAAGCUGCUGUGUGCUGAGAUCAGCAGGAUCCUGGGAACCCGUUUAACUGAAAGUCUCUUCCAGUCCGUUGGAGAGGUGGUUCAUAUCUUCACCCAUAUCCAUCAGACAUACAUUGUUUACAGUGUUUGUCUGAAAGAUGGUAAAACACAAACAAAGACCGACAACACACAGUGGCUGAGCAGAUCUGCUCUGCAUGAGGCAGCGGUGUCCACCGGGAUGAAAAAGAUUCUGAAGCUUUCUGAUUCUCUGGACAGUCGAAGGCAACAACCCUCCACUGAUGGAAAAAGGAAAAAUCCCCUUGAUAUAAAGACAACCAAGAAGGUCAAAAAGCCCAGAUUGGGUGGAAUUAACGGUGGUGGAAAACAGCUCUCCCUCAAUUCGUUCUUCACGUCGGUCAAAGAGGAGCCUUAAGAUGAAGGUGGACGGUGCAUUCCCUGGUUCAUUGUCCCUGGACAUGUCCUGUUCUCCCUUCAAAGCUUUGCAGUUUUAAGCAAAUACUUUUAAUUAAAAACGUGUGUAUAGUAUGUCUAUUCCAGUAUAUACACAGAAGGUGAGUGUUUCAAUAUCUAAAGCCUUUGGAGACUGAAAUACACAAUAAUCUUUUAGUAUACUUUAAGGUCUUAUGUACAGCAGUAAAACACAAAAAGUCAAAGGGUUUUCGAAAUCACUUUCAAUCCAUGACAAAAAUACCGUAAUUAAUUUGGUUUUGAGUUAGUAUGGUUUGGCUGGAGAUUUAUUUUGCAGUUAUUGUCAUGAACCAGUUACAAAGAAAUCCCAGCACAUGGUCCAGCACCAACACAGCUGCUCUUUCAUACAUGGUAAGUUGUCAGACACACACUGUAACGCCACUCUGUUUAAGCUUAUCUAAGCUUAACUGACGUUGUGAACCCAUUUAGCCGGAGUAAGGACAAACUAAUGUUUUUAGCCCUGGCAGUUUUAGUCAACACGUGAUGUCCCACAAAUCCAGUCUGAUGAAAUGAACUGAAUGAGCUGUUUUUGGACAGUGAAUGUUUACUCAAUGAUAUGUUGGACUUUCAUAUCAUAUUUCUAUAUGUAUUAUGGUUACGGUUAUAAUCUGAGCAAAAAACUCAGUUUCACAAUUAUCAUGAGUAUGGAUGUAUGAAAUCACAUUUGUAAUCCCAGGUUUUAUUGUACUUUUUCCUAAGAUUUUAAUUGUUGGUGUUUUUUAAACAGUUGCUGCCUUUCAACACAAAUAAUAAAAAUAGUAAAUAAA